AUGAGCCAAGGUUGUUCAGGAGGAUGGCCCUCUAAUGCCAUUGAUUGGGUUAUAAAAAAUGGUGGGAUUAGCAGAGAAGAUGAUUAUCCUUAUUCCGCUCGACCGGGUUAUUGUAGAGCCAACAUGGGAAUUUAUGAAGGUGAGGAUUGCCCCAGGGAAUCAAACAAUUUGACUCAUGCUGUUUUGAUUGUUGGAUAUGAUUCAAAUGAUGGAAAAGAUUAUUGGAUUGCGAAAAACUCCUGGGGAGAAGAUUGGGGAAUGAAAGGAUGCAUCUUGAUCCGAAGAAACAUGGGUUUACCAAAUGGAGUUUGCUCUAUCAAUACUGCAGCUUUCUACCCAACCAUAUAA